AUGCGAACCGUUAAGAAACUAUUGUCUCCCCUAUUAUCGUGCUUCGGCGUCCGCAGCCAUGGGGAUGAAUAUGAAGCAUCCGACCUCAAGUCACUUCCCAAUCCGGCUUCGGCUUCGUCAAUGUCCCUCCCUGCAAAUACCGUGCCCCAUUCGGUUGGUCACUCGGGUUCCCAUACUACGGACACAGAUGCUCUACGGCAGAUAUUUAGGUCAUCUUCUUCCGUUCGAGGCUAUCAGACAGCUCUGAGACCACAUGAACGAACACACCAGAGAGAAUCCUCAUUCGAUGCUGAUUUCAAAUUCGGAACAAAGCGUUCUGAUGAUCAGAAACAGCCAGGCCGUAUCGAGCAAUUGGGCAAACACAUCAAGCAAAAAUUGUCAGAGUCGGGGGUGAGCAAGAGCAGCUCCAAAUUACAAAUCGGCUCUGACGAUACGGUUCGGGUAUCCAAAGUACCCCAACCAGCACCAUUGGAGCCGGAGCAUCAAGAGGCGGCCCUGAGUCAACGUUCAACGGGUCUUCUAGAGCUACUCAUGUCUAGGUCGGGCAGUGAAGGUGGCUACGACAGUGACGCCAAAAGUAUUCAAACGACAAUGCUAAAAUGUAGUGACGCGACCCUCAAACUCAGUCCACAAGCAGCAGAGGCGCUACUACAUCCUUCUUCUAGAAGGUCAUCCAUCAAGCAUGAUCUGGCAGGAGGCUCUCCUACGAAGCCGACCUCGCGUCCCGCUCUUGGACCUCCAUUACCUUCCGCUCCUCCUAGGUCAACAUUCUUGGUGGAUGGACAGAGCGAUGCUCCUGGCAGUCUCUCGAGGCAGUCAUCUGAUGUCGCUGAUAACGCUGUCGCCAAACUACAUCAACUCCCUACUUACGAAACUCCUCCAUUAGAUACAGCUCACCCCGAAUCUGCUUCCUUGAAUCAAGACAAAAAUAAAGAUAGCCAAGGAAUGUCAAAAAGGAUGGGUGAUUCAAUGGAUGGGGAGAAGAGAGACAGCGUUGUUUCAACGACAGACAACAACCGAAACAGCUUGAUCUCCAACCUAGACACCAGCUUGAUUAACGCGAUCACUCAGUUUGGCGAGCGCGAUUCUACGGAAAUUAAAACUUCCACAGAGGAUAAACCAAGCGCCACCUCGGAUCAAGCAAAACCGACUCCUAAUAUUUCGUCCUCCCCUCGGAUGGCCACUAUGUCUAGCAAAGAUGAUGUAUCAGGCAGAUAUAUGACAUCCGUGGACGAGUCUGACUGCGAUUCCAUCCAUCUCUACAACAUGCGGAUUUCUCAGAGGUUGGCAAGCCCAUCAUUUAUUGCUGGAAGCUCCCGUCCAGAUACCAGCCACACCACUAUAAUUCGAUCCAACAAGAACUCGAUGGAAUACUGUCCGACGACACACUUGACUUCGCCAUCCAGUCGCAUGCCAGGCACUACAACUUCGGAGCACAAUCGCCUGCCGUCAGAUCCACAAACAAUGCGACUUUUUGAAAGCGAGUCUAGUCAGGAUAUACCGCGACUGGUAUGGAGACCUAGCACAUCCAGUACUUAUGCCCCACAACUCAGAGGUUCGCGACCCAUUGUGAGCCGAGGAGACUCAUCUUCCUACUAUUGUAGUGAUGACGAGGCUGCUGAUCUGGAUGAACCACACAGUGGUGUACCGCGAAGAAACCCGAACAGCAUCGCAAUCGGGGGCAGGUCAGAAACUGUCAGCUUUCCUCUUCGAUCGUCCUAUCCUAGCUUGGGUAGCUUGUCUGUUGCUGAGGAGAGUGCAUGGUUUGGCAGGCAGUCGUUACAGCAGCAACGAGAUGCUUUUAAUGAGGACAAACCAGGUCCAUUACUCAGCCACCACAGAAGCGUGAGCAUGCCAGGCAGACCUGCCGAAGGAAGAAGACAUCUGCGCAACGCCUCUGCAAGACGGACGCGGGCCCUCACCGAAGCUAACGAAGCUUUAAGUGUAAUCAGUUACGGCGAGCUCCAGGAUGCCAGAAGAGAACAGCUCACGGAGAUCAGUGCGCAGGAAGUUCACGACACAUGUAACGAGAGACUGAGUGAAAUCGAAAUUCCUCGACGACGUAGGCCAAUCAGGUCAGAGAGUGAUUCUGGAAGUCCGUGUCGACCAUUGUGGUCAAGACCACGACAAUACUCGACAGCUUCCGACAUGCCGUCUACUGAUCGAUGCAGUAAGCCUAUCUUGGAUGAAUCAACAACUGACAUCUGGAGGAGAACUCUCAAACGAGCUUUAGAUGAGCCGACUGAUGACUCCAUGGGUGGCUUUCUCACAGCACCCAAAUUUGAUCGCGAUGGAAGGAGGAGAAAUCGAAGGUCGAGUCUCAGUACGGACAACUCAAACCCGGAAGUUACUAGUCAUAUUCUGGCAGUAGAAAAGGGGCCAACCCAUGUAAUUCGAUCACGGCAACGACUCUCUGUAUCGGAAGAGAUACCACGAACCAAUACUGAACAGCACGAGGUUACAGCUAGCGAGACACAUUCAGUAGCUCCAGUCCUUUUGGUAGAGAAGAAACGGAAAAAGAGCAUACUAGAUUUUGGAAAACGUUUUGCGACACAAAACCUUGCAGAAGACGAGCCUGGAAGCUCGAGCUCAAGCACACCAUUGAAAGAUCUGCUUGGGGUUUGGAGUCGCUUCCCAAGUCAUACCAGAAAUGAAAGAUGUGGAUCAGCAGGGCGCAAAGAUGGUGUCAUAGUUGAGGAUUUUGCCAAAGACCAAUCAAAUGAUGUUUGUCCUCCGAGAUCGACGCCCACAACGACAUGGAACAGGUCUCUGACACCCCUAGGGAUGUAUACUCCUGGUGGAUCACUGAGAAGAUUACCUUUCGGCCGCAAACAUCGUAUGGACAAGGGAAAGACGAAGAGUAUGCCCCUUCCGCGCAGUGCCAACCAGAACCUGGUAAUUCGAGUAAAGAAAGGCCGCCGAGGCCUAGUUGGAAGGUGGAAGAAACUCUACAGGAGCAGCAGCUCGGAUUUCAAAGCGUAUGUCGACCACUAUGGGCAUCGAAGCAGUAUUAGCCUUGGUGCGAACGCCAGAAACCCGGACCUUGAAGUUAUCCCAGGUCUAGAACACUUUCGAGAACAGUCGAGCAAGGACGGAAGCGACUCCGCCCCAUUUGAAAACUUCACAUCAUCGGCCAAGGGUGAACCAGCGCCUUCGAACUCUGAACCGUGGGCACAAGUGUAUAAAGACUGUGUCGGUAGUCUUUCGGCGCUCCGAAGUGAUGCUGACAUACGCAGUAUGAGUGAGUGGACGGACCAAGUUUGUUGUGAAGGCAAUGAGACGAUGCAUAGGCUAUUAAGCUCGGAGCUUCGAGACAGUACUACCAACUUCGAGGCUCAACUUGGAGAAGAGUUGGAAAUAGCCAAGAAAGGGCUGUUGAGGAAGAUUGAGAAUAGCAGUAGAGGGCACAGGCUGGAAAUAUCAAGUAUUCAUUUGAAGCAGGAUUGAGUGAGGUUGAGGCAACACACGGUUGGGCCAGUUUGCGUGCGUCGGGAACGGGAGAAGUGUAUAGUGAUUAGGAAUGAUGGAGGAACAUUGGAACCGAACUUUACAG